AAAUACCUUCAGUAUUUUGUUAAAAUUCAAAGCGGACGGUUGUUCGGAGCGACUGUCGUCCACAACGAAACUGUUUCUUAGCGGUAUUGUGGGUUUAACGCAGAAAAACGCAACAUGAAUCACCAUCAGCGAAUGCAGAUUUGCAGUUUAGUAACCUUGUCCAUGAUUGCACUGGCAAUGGGUCGGAAAAUUCUUAGCGAGAAACCCGAUUUCCUUAAUCCCUGCAGUAUUACGGACCCCAGUUUCAGUAGCUGCUUUGGCAAAACCGUGGAGAACAUUCACACAAUAUGGAGAAAUGGUGUUCCUGGCCUAAAAUCUGUCAGCUCAAUCGAUCCGAUGUUUGUAAAACGUAUUGGCAUCAAUCAGGAUUUAAAUAAUCCGAUUUCGAUUAAUUUGAAUUUAAAUAAUGUCACAUUGACGGGGUUGAGUGACAUCAAAGCCAGGGAGUCGAGAUUUGAAACCAAACCCUUGGGCGUUAUGGUGAAGAUGGGCCUAAAAAAGUUGGCGGUUAAUGGUGGCUACGAUAUCAAUGGUCAUAUUUUUACGCUGCCGGUUGGUGGAAAAGGCACCGCUACGAUUUCAGUUGAAAGUGCAGUGGCCCGCGUCGGCAUACUCUUCAAACUGGCAGAAGAUCGUGGCUAUACCUUUACCACGGUGGAUGAUUUACGUUUGGAUUUGCAAGAGGUCCGCGGGGUCUACUUGAAUUUGGAUGGUGCCGAUUCGAGCCAAGAGAAUGCCAUUUUGAAUUCGUACGGAGAUGCUAUAUUCGAGAUUUUACGGCCCACUCUCAACGAGGUGUUGAGUAAACUGUUCAAAGAUCGUUGGACCAAAAUCUUUAAUUAUGUUCCAGCUAACUAUGUGUUUGCCGAUUUGCCCGGCGUGAAGGCUUAGUGGUGCGCAGAAAAUGAAUUUUUAAUUUAAGGGUGUAUUUCGCAGAAUUUGUAAAUGGUGCAUUAAGCCAUUUGUUAUAUAUAGACUGUAAAUAUUUUGUAUUAUUAAUAAAAUAAAAGGAGAUAUAUAGUA